AUGGGCAGCGUGCAUCCCAAGGGUGGCCAGCGGCCCGGUGCCGCCCCCCGCCGCCGGCCCGAGCUGGCCCUGUGCGGCUCCUGCCCCAGGAAGUGGAGUGACCGGGUCCUGCUGGCCGAUGAGCUGCUCACCUCUCGGGUCCUGUCCACGCUGCGGCCACCGCGGCCCCCGCGCUGCCCAGGCCCCCUGCUCAGCUCCAACUCAGUCUUUGCCUCCAUCGCAGCCUCCCUCCGGGAGCACCCCCGGGCCCCACUCCCGGCGUCGGAUGGCAGCCCGGGCCCCGCCAGGAAUGUCGGCAUGACGGUGACUCCGAAGGGGGUGCCCCAGCCACCUGCCAGCCCUGCGGGCGCAUCGGGGCCUCGAGCUGGCGCCGUCACCGGAGAAAUGGACGAGACCGACGGCCUCUUUCUCAAGUUCAAGCCGGUGGCCGACGACUCCCUGUCGCUCACCUCCUCCAACACCGACUCUGUUUUUGUGGAAGACCCCUACACUGCCUCGCUCAGGAGCGAGCUGGAAGCCGACACCCAUGAGUUUGAGGCCGAGUCCUGGAGCCUGUCGGUUGAGCCGGCCUAUGCCAAGAAGCAGAAGAAGGAGGUGGUCAAGAGGCAGGACGUGCUGUACGAGCUGAUGCAGACCGAGGCCCACCACGUGCGCACGCUGAAGAUCCUGCUCCGCGUGUACGGGCGCGCCCUGCGGGAGGAGCUGCAGCUGGGCCCCCAGGACGUGCGCCUCCUCUUCCCCAGCGCCGAGGGCCUCCUGGAGCUGCACGGCCACUUCCUGGCCCGCCUCAAGGAGCGGCGCCAGGAGUCCCUGGAGGAAGGCAGCGAGCGCAACUACAUCAUCCAGAAGAUCGGGGACCUCCUUCUCCAGCAGUUUUCCGGUGAGAAUGGGGAGAAGAUGAAGGAGAAGUACGGGGUCUUUUGCAGCGGCCACAACGAAGCCAUCAGUCAUUACAAGCUCCUGCUGCAGCAGAACAAGAAGUUUCAGAACCUGAUCAAGAAAAUCGGCAACCUGCCCAUCGUGCGGCGCCUGGGCGUGCAGGAGUGCGUCCUGCUGGUGACGCAGCGCAUCACCAAGUACCCGGUGCUGGUGGAGCGGAUGAUGCAGAACACGGAAGCCGGCUCUGAGGACCGUGAGGCCCUGACGCAAGCCCUGAGCCUCAUCAGAGACGUCAUCUCCCAAGUGGACGCCAAGGUCAGCGAGUCAGAGAGAGGCCAGCGGCUGAGGGAGAUCGUGGGCAAGAUGGACACCAAGGCGGCCAGCAAGCUGGACAGCGGGCGGACCUUCCGCCGGGAUGAUGUCCUGCGGCGGCAGCUGUACCUGGACGGCCCGCUGUGCUGGAAGAGCACGUCGGGGCGCCUGAAAGAUGUCCUGGCCGUGCUGCUGACCGAUGUCCUGCUGCUGCUUCAGGAGAAAGACCAGAAAUACGUCUUCGCGGCUGUGGACAACAAGCGGCCCGUGGUCUCGCUCCAGAAGCUCAUCGUGCGGGAAGUGGCCAACGAGGACAAGGCCAUGUUCCUCAUCAGCGCCUCGAUGCAAGGGCCGGAGAUGUACGAGGUGCACACGGGCUCCAAGGAGGAACGGAACGCGUGGAUGGACCACAUCCGGCGGGCCGUGGAGAGCUGCCCAGACGAGGGCGAAGGACUGUUCAGUGAGACGGAGGAGGAGAGGAAGAUGGUCGAGUCCCGCCAGCUGCGGCUGAAAGGCUUCCAGGAGAGGCUGAACGUGAAAGACCAGCAGAUUGCACAGAGCCUCAGUGAGAAGCAGCGGAUCUACCUGGAGAUGGCCGAGAUGCGGGGGCUGGAUGACGGCGCCCCGUUGCCCCUCCUCUUCCGUGGAGGGGACCUUGCUGACACCCUGCAGGGCGAGCUGAUUCUCAAGUCGGCCAUGAGUGAGAUUGAUGACAUCCAGAGUCUGAUCUGCCGCCGGCAGCUGGCCAGUGCCAACGGGCAGACGGAGGAUAGCAGUGGCUUGGCGGCUCUGCCCCGGCGGGCGGAGACCUUCGGGGGCUACGAUAGUGCCAGCAGCCCCAGCGCCACCCGUGGCAGUUUCAAGAAGAAGAUCUACAGCAAUGACCCCAAGCCCCGAGACUGGCCAGGGUCCCCCUCUAGCCCUGAGCGGAAGCUCAGCGACACUGUGGGGGUCCUGGAGGAGGCAGCACCAGAGGGCCAGCCGCCGGACAUCGAGUGUGGCCCCACCCCACCCACCAUCCUGGAGUCCGAGCUGGUCCGAAAAAUCCAGACGCUCUCCCAGCUGCUGCUGAGCCUACAGGCCGUCAUCGCCCAGCAGGACAGCUUGGUGGAGCGGCAGCGGAGCACCAUCGCGGAGCACGAGCGGCUGAUGCGGGUGCAGUCGACGCGCGGGAACCUGCUGCUGGAGCAGGAGCGGCAGCGCAACUUCGAGAAGCAGCGGGAGGAGCUGGCGGGCGUGCAGAAGCUGCAGGGCCAGCUGCGCCAGGAGCAGCAGCGCUGGGAGCGCGAGCGCACGCGGCAGCAGCAGGAGCUGGAGCAGGCGGCCGCGCGGCUGGAGCAGCGCGAGCUGGAGGCGCGGCAGCUGCAGGAGACGCUGAGCCGCCAGCGCGAGGAGCUGGAGCAGCAGCGCCAGGCCUACCAGCAGGACCUGGAGCGGCUGCUGCAGGCCCAGCGCGCUGUGGAGCGCGAGCAGAAGAAGGUCGAGCUGCUGGGACGACUCAAGAAACAGAACACGGCGCCCGGGGCGCUGCCGCCCGACUCGCUUGCAGAGGCACAGCCCUCCAGCUUUAACGGGGAAGGACCGGAAGGGCCCCCAGCGCUGGCCAAAGCCCCCGGGCCCCGGAUGAGCCUGGUGCUGCUGUCGGCCGCCGGCUCCUCCGAGUAUGCCGAGCGCCCCGAGGUGGCCCGCCGGGACAGCGCCCCUGCCAAGAGUGACGUGCCCAUCCAGUUGCUGAGCACCACCAACCAGAUCCAGAGGCAGGCGGCCGUGCAGCAGCAGAUCCCCACCAAGCUGGCCGCCUGCACCAAGGGGGGCAAGGACAAGGGCAAGAGCCGGGGCACCCAGCGCUGGGAGAGCUCAGCCUCCCAGGACCUGAAGCAGCAGCAGCUGCUACUUACCAAGUUCAUAGGCAAGGAGGAGGGCGCCGCGCGGAACCGCCGCUCUCUGAGCCCCGUCCUGCCGGGCAGCAAGGGCCCCGCGCUGCCCCCAGACCCCGGCCUCCCAGCUCCCAGCCCCAGCCCCGCCGACCUGACCCCCGAGUGCAUCUUCAAAGCGGGAACCCCACCCUUGCCGCCCGUGCCCCGGUCCCCAAGGCCGCCGGCCCCGCAGCUGGACAAGGAGGAAGGCGGCAGGGAAGACGACGUCAUCUUCUUCUGAGGGGGGCGUGGCCUGCAGGGACCCCGCCCCCGCCCCGGGCCCGGU